UAAUUAAUAAUAAUAAUAAUAAUACAUCCAUCUACUAAUUCACCAUACACUUCACUUCACAGCCUGUCAAUUGAUCCUCCAUUAUUUUUGGUCCAUCUUUGUUGUUUCUGUGUUUGCGUUUCUCUCUCUCUCUCUCUCUCUCGCUCUCUCUCUCUAAGUAAUAUGUUACAUGGGCAUGUCGUAUGUGAGAAAGCCUUGCGGCAGCAGCAACAUCGUCGCUAGCUGGAAAUGAUCGUAAGCACGGUCGGAGACCUCCGCAUGUUGGCUUCCGCAGUCUCGCAAUUUAUGGCAACAAGUGAUGGAGGGGCAGGGGAUCGGUAGGCGGGAAGAUGCACGAUAAGAACGCGAUCGGAGUUCGCAGGAAUGGGAACGAAACUGCAUGGCGUUCAUAAACUUGUAACCUCUUUGAUGAAGAAUGAGAGCUAUGGAAUAGUAAGAAAAGGCUCAAAGAAUCAUCCGGAAUCUUGGGAGAUAUUCCAGAACAUUUUUCCGAAGACCAACUUUCGGAUUUGGUUUAACCAUUUUCGUAAAGACUCAAUGGACAGGUUUCAUCAACAAUACAAUAGAGAAUUAGUUCGAAAUACUAUACUGAAGCAUGAGGAGAUAUUCAGACAACAGGUGCAAGAGCUCCAUCGAUUAUACAGAGUACAGAAAUCGCUAAUGGCUGAAUUGAGCGGCAAGAGCACAAACUUCCAUUCGAUCUCAGACGUGAGCAACAAAGCGAUUACUGAUUCAACAGCCAGAUUUCGCUGCAGCACAUCUACUUCUGAGACCAGCCACUCUUCUCAUCUCAGCAAUACGCAUCACUCCACUCCUGUUCAAGCAUCUGAAUACAGUUCCAUGCAACAAUAUAACACCAUAAGGCCAGGUCUAAAUAGCUUAUGUGAGCUAAGAACCUACUGUGAAGAUCCUCACAGAACCAACAAGUGCUUCUCCAAGAAGUGCUUCGAUCUUGAACAGCCCGCGAAAGAGUACGUUUCCACUGAAGUUGAGUUGAGCGAGAAGGAUCAAACCACCUUUUCGAAGAAGCAUUUGAGAGAAAAGAUAAGCACCGAAGUUUCUGAAGGUGAGAGUGAUAUUGAGCUGACGCUAAGCAUCGGAGGCCUGUGCGAAGAUCAUAGCACAUCAAAACAUCAACUUCAAAUGGGGAAGGAAUCAAGAUGCUCAAAGAUGAUUAGACCGGAAAGAGGGGAGGAAAGGAAUGAGAUGUCAAGCGGCCACAACGAAGAAGGCUCGCAGAGGCCGCCUUGGCUAUUCCAAAGUUUGAGCUUGAAUCCGACAUAAAGACAAAAGAGUAAAUAUGCUUGAGAAUUGUCAAAUUACCAAGUUGUGGUGGACUAAGCUUGUGUAUAAGCUCAUCUGACGACGAAUGGCAUGUGCGAGCAUUUCAUCAUAUCCAAUCAGAUUCAAACAUUACCAGUAUAAAGGUCAAGAUUUUGUGAUAUCAAUCGGCGCUUCUAAGCGGCCGGAGAUAAGAUGGAAACGAUCUCUUACUUUUGUUGGAUGAGAAAUUUAUUCAAAUUUCACAUAAUGUUGUCCAGAGAUUUCUCUCUCUUGAAUGGAUACAAACAGCAGUAAAACUGAAACAAAUUAGUUUACCCCUGAGUCCUGACGGGGUUGUAUUCAAUAAAAAGGCGACUAUCAGUGAUAAAUAUCUCCCGAAUGGAUAGGCAUGUCUUCGUUGUUCAUUUUCGAAGGAAAUCAAUCUGUGAUAAUA